ACAUCCGGAGAAACAUGGAGGACACCAUUGGCAGUAAUCCCCCAUCUCUCGGAUUUUUAGAGAAAUUGAAGUCUUGGCUUUCCUGGUCAUGGACUUACGUAUGCUUCGUUUGGUUCGGCAUGGUGCUGAUUAUGGUAUAUGUCGUGUGGAGUCCGCUGAAACUGCAGGAAACUCUUACUUCAGCUUCAGUGUUUCUGAACACUCUCACUCCUAAAUUCUACGUGGCUCUCACCGGAACCUCUUCCCUUAUCUCUGGUCUUAUCCUUAUUUUUGAGUGGUGGUAUUUUCGCAAAUAUGGCACGUCCUUUAUUGAGCAAGUGUCUGUGAGCCACCUGCGUCCUCUGCUGGGUGGGGUGGAGAGCAGCUCRUCAACUGGUCUCUUCUCAUCAGUUAAUGGAGAGGCAGAUUCCAGACCCAGUGUUUCUGAUUGCAAGGUCUGGAGGAAUCCUUUAAACCUUUUCAGAGGAGCAGAAUAYAACAGGUACACCUGGGUGACAGGGAAGGAACCUUUGACCUAUUAUGAUAUGAACCUUUCUGCUCAAGAUCAUCAGACCUUUUUCACAGGAGAUACUCAACAGUUAAGGCCAGAGGAUGCAGUGAUGCAGAAGGCAUGGAGAGAGAGAAAUCCUCAGGCCAGGAUCAGAGCUGCUUACCAGGCCAUAGAAAUGAACCAUGAAUGUGCUGCUGCAUACGUGCUGCUAGCAGAAGAGGAAGCCACAACCAUCACAGAAGCUGAACGCCUCUUUAGAAAAGCACUGAGUUUUGCUGGGAAAGAUAUCAAUCUACUGGUUUACAUUAAACGCAGACUGGCGAUGUGUGCACGCAAACUGGGCCGGAUUAAAGAAGCAGUAAAAAUGAUGAGAGAUUUAAUGAAAGAGUUCCCAUUGUUGGGAAUGCUAAAUAUACAUGAAAAUCUCUUGGAGGCACUAUUGGAGCUUCAGGCAUACGCUGAUGUCCAAGCAGUCCUCGCAAAAUAUGAUGAUAUUAGUUUGCCAAAAUCUGCCACUAUCUGCUACACAUCUGCACUGCUGAAAGCACGGGCAGUUUCAGAUAAGUUUUCUCCAGAAGCAGCCUCUAGACGAGGGCUGAGCACAGCAGAGAUGAAUGCUGUGGAGGCGAUACACAGAGCUGUUGAGUUCAAUCCACAUGUGCCAAAGUACUUGUUAGAGAUGAAGAGCCUGAUUCUGCCUCCCGAGCACAUCUUAAAGAGGGGGGACAGUGAGGCAGUAGCAUACGCUUUCUUCCACCUGCAACACUGGAAAAGAGCAGAAGGAGCCUUAAACCUGCUACACUGCACCUGGGAGGGCACCUUCCGGAUAAUUCCAUACCCCUUGGAAAAGGGUCACCUAUUUUACCCCUACCCAGGAUGCACAGAAACGGCAGAUAGAGAACUGCUCCCCUCUUUUCAUGAGGUGUCUGUAUACCCAAAGAAAGAGCUUCCCUUCUUCAUACUCUUCACAGCAGGCCUUUGCUCUUUCACUGCCAUGCUGGCCAUGCUCACACAUCAGUUUCCUGAGCUCAUGGGUGUUUUUGCCAAAGCAUUCUUCAGCACACUCUUUGCACCGCUGGGCUUCUUUGCAGACAAAAUGGAAAACUUCAUGCCGUCCAGUUUUUGGCACCAGCUGACUCGGAUUUGACUUCAUCUCUGUCUCACUCAGUCAUUCACGUGUACACACACACACACACACACACACACACACACACACACUUAAUAAAAACACAAACACCAAUCUCACUCAAAAUUCUUGGACAAAAAGUGUUUGCUCUCCUGUCUUCAGCAUUGCUGUCCACUUGCUGCAUUGUUACUGAUUAUAUUGGCCAGGGUUGUAUCAACACAGCAAUAACACUUCUAAGAUGCUCUCCAACAUGCUUCCAGCUAAUAGGGGUUUUCCAAGAACUGAUUUGGUGAAUACCACUUACAACUAAUUAUCCUGUCAUGUUGUUUGUAUUGGUAAAUUCAGGCAUUUUUAGUUUUCAUCAGAAAGCUACUGUUAAAAUGAAAUGAUUAAGAUCUGCAUGUCCAAUGCCCAUUUAACCAUUAGGUUUGUGUCUGUAAAAAGUCAUGAAGGAAACUAUAUAAUUUCUCAUAUGACGCAUCUUCUUAGAUGUGCCAUAUAAUUGAUCACUUUCCAUUCUUUUUAAGCUAAACAUGUACAUGCCAAGCAGUCAGUAUCUGAUGUAAAAAUAGAUGUAUUCCUGAAAAUACAACUCUUUAAAUUACUGAGAGGUGAAACCUAAGACUUAUUCAAUCACAAAGACUUUUAAAUUAAGUCUCACUUAAAAACAUUGACCUUGUUUUCAGAUUUUAUUACAUUAUUACAUUGUCAGAACUAAUUUGUCCAGUUGUAAAUUAUACUGACAAAUCUUCACUUUGAGAGCAUUUCCAUAAGAACCAUUAUUGAAAUAAAAUGCCUUUGUUAGUAUUCUAUGCCACUGAACACAUCUAGUUUGAUUACAAAUGAUUCCUUAAAAAUAUAAACAUAAUUAUUCUGUUGUUAAAGGGUUUAAUGAACUGAAAAACUUUGCAAUGGCUUUACUAAUCCUUCGUAUGCCCUUUCCAAAUUGAUUGUCCAUCCUUUGGCUACACCAGUUCAUGUGUGCAGAGUUGCAGGGAUCUGGGGCCCAUCGCCAAUGGUCAUUGAGUGGGAGGCGAGGUAAACCCUGAGCACAAAUUGAUAAAAUGUAUGGUAACCGAUGACUWUGUUUCAUUCCAAGCUGAUUUUUAAAAGUUGAUGGCAAUAUAUCUACAUUGUACUACUGAAAUAAAGCAAGGCAUGCUGAGGACAGGAGAAUGUGUUCACAACUGUAAUUACCUUCCAAUGGGUUUGACAGCAAAACACCUACAAUAAAUGUCUCUUCCCUCUCA